AUCUUUAGAGUAAAUUAUUAUCAAAACAAAUUGUUUCUAUUUCAUAUUUUGUGACCUUAUGUCAGCAAUGAGAUUGCAGGAUUUAAAAAUUGUACGAAUUUUAGUUGGAGUCUUAAAAAAAUUAUGGGCAAUUUCUAGUGCUACGGCACUGGCGUGUUUAAUUUUAUAUUGGUUUUAUGGGGGCCUUUUGGCUUUCCUUUUAUUGCUAUUUGCUAUAACAGGUAUAUUGUACCAUGCUGAAGACCAACUAAUUUACCAUCCCGAUAUGCCCUCCCACUCAAGAGUGUUUGUGCCUUUGCCGUCCAUGUUUGGCUUACCAUAUGAAAGUAUAUCCUAUAAAGCAGGAGAUGGAACAGCGCUUCAUAUGUUCUUCAUAAGGCAUCCUGGUGAAAAAGGUUUACAUGCCCCUACAAUUGUAUUUUUUCAUGGAAAUGCUGGCAAUAUGGGCCACAGAUUAACAUACAUAUCAGGAUUUUACAAAGCUUUAAAUUAUAAUGUUCUGCUGUUAGAAUACAGAGGCUAUGGUCUUUCUGGCGGUUGUCCUUCGGAGGAGGGUUUAUGUAUGGAUGCAAGAGCUGCAUUAGAUUAUUUGUAUACAAGACAUGAUAUAAAUCAUUCUAAGAUUAUACUCUUUGGAAGAUCUUUAGGUGGAGCUGUUGCUAUUGAUUUAGCCACAAAUGUUGAAUACUCUACAAGAAUUUGGUGUUUGAUAGUCGAGAACACUUUCACUUCUAUUCCAGAGAUGGCAAAAGUAUUACUGAUUUGGAAACCAAUAGAAUACUUACCAUUAUGUUUUUACAAAAACCAGUUUAUGUCACUACAUAAAAUACCAUGCAUGACAGUUCCAACAAUGUUCAUAUCUGGUCAAGCCGAUACUCUUGUACCCCCAUCAAUGAUGACGCUAUUGCAUUCAAGAUGUGGAUCUGAAUUGAAAUAUUUACAUAAAAUUGAAGGUGGUACCCACAAUGAAACUUGGACAAAAAAGGGUUAUUACCAAGCUAUAGCAUCUUUUGUAGAAACAGUCGCUGCACAAGGAACGCUAACACAACCACCCAUGAAGCAUAACAUUGAUGUACAUAGAGUGAUAUUGGAUGUUUGA